CGGUACCUCUUCAGAGGCGUGGCCGGGCGGGAGCGGUCGUGACGGGGCUCAUCGCGCAGCUCCUUCCUCCGCUUCUCCGGUACGUGAGGUCGACUCGGAGGGAGGUGAACGUCGCGAAGAAAUCAUUUUAAAAGACAAGGAGGAGAAGGCAGAAACAUCACCCACCCCCUCCAUCGAGCUGCCUCAGGAGCAGUGAAGUGUCUUAAUGGCAGUUCGUCGAGGACACAUCAAGUACUUGAAAGCUGACUUGCAGGAGGUUUAUGACAUGUCAAACGGUUAUGAAGACCACAUGGGGGGGGACGAGGGGAAGGACGCCAAGACCAACCUGAUCGUGAACUACCUGCCUCAGAGCAUGACGCAGGAUGAGCUGCGGAGCCUCUUCAGCAGCAUCGGGGAGGUGGAGUCCGCCAAGCUGAUUCGAGACAAAGUCGCAGGCCACAGUUUAGGGUACGGAUUUGUUAACUAUCUUAACCCUAGUGAUGCAGAAAGAGCUAUCAGUACACUGAAUGGACUAAGGCUACAGUCCAAAACUAUCAAGGUUUCAUACGCACGGCCCAGCUCUGAUACAAUUAAAGAUGCCAACCUGUAUAUCAGCGGCCUGCCAAAGUCCAUGACCCAGAAAGACGUGGAGGACAUGUUUUCAUGUUUUGGGCACAUCAUUAACUCCAGAGUACUUGUAGAUCAGGGUACAGGUACGACAGGUGUGUCCCGUGGUGUGGCUUUUAUCCGGUUUGACAAAAGAGCGGAGGCCGAAGAAGCCGUUAAGAGCCUGAAUGGCCAAAAACCACCGGGGACCGCUGAGCCAAUCACAGUGAAAUUUGCCGCCAAUCCUAACCAGGCAAAAAACACACAGCUCAUUUCUCAGCUCUACCACAACCAAUCCCGACGCUUCGGGGGGCCCGUACACCACCAGGCACAGAGGUUCAGGUUUUCCCCCAUGAGUGUUGAUCACAUGGGGGGCAUGGGAGGCGUCAGCGUCCCCGGCAACUCAACCUCCGGCUGGUGCAUCUUCAUCUACAACCUGGGCCAGGACGCUGACGAGAGCCUCCUGUGGCAGAUGUUCGGCCCCUUCGGCGCCGUAACCAACGUCAAGGUGAUCCGAGACUUCAACACCAACAAGUGCAAGGGCUUCGGCUUCGUCACCAUGACGAACUACGAGGAGGCGGCCAUGGCCAUCGCAAGCCUGAACGGCUACCGGCUCGGAGACAAGAUACUGCAAGUGUCCUUCAAGACCAGCAAGGGCCACAAGUAGAGAGCUGGACAAUCAGGUGUAGAGGAGAUGGGGGGGAGGGGAAUGACCUGCACCAGGCUUUUAUUUGAGAGAGCUUAAGUACGAGUUUGCAAGUCUGGCACAUCCGUUUGGGUUUUAGUGUACUGCGAGUGAAAUGAGACUCUUCUGCACCUUUUGUUACUUGUCUAAGGCUGAUUUAAUGGUUUUUUGUUCUGUUUUGUUUUUUGUUUUUUUUCCAAUCUUUAUUCUCAUGCUUGUGGCUUGAGGACACCCAGUGGGUUUUAUUUUUUUAGGGAGAGGAUGUUGAGUGCAAAAGCUAGGCCAAGAUAUCCCCAGGAUAAAGUUCGAAAAUGAUCUAAAAAUCCAAAAUACUGUCUGUAUCUGUUGCAUGUAUAACUUAGGGGACUAGAAUAAAAGAGGCAGGCCGUGGGUGCAAUGAAAAUCCAGAAGCAUAAAGAGCGACCUGCAAAUAGUUUUCAAAAGAUUUAGUGGAUGAUUCAGAGUCUACAGAAGAGGAAAACCAUAUUUGGCAAUGAGCCGGUGGUUGUUUUGUCCUGGUUCCUCAUCAGAAGUAGAAAUAGAUGCCUUAAAUGAUCAUCCAGUGAUGCAGACUACACAACCACUCACCGUAUUGAGUCAAUCUAAAAAAAAAAAAAGCAAAGCACUUUUAAACAGUCUGUUUUUGGUUACUAUGAAUAUCAGUCUUUUUGAUGUUGAUCUACGACUUUUGCUCACCCCCUUCGAUUAACAGUUUCAAACAUAACGAGUUUUGGAGGAAGAUGUUUUUUUUUGUUUUUUUUUGUGAUCCCUGUGUAAAAUGUCUUUUUAUUCUAAGUUGCAUCGCAGCAGAAUCCUGUGAAAAUGAUGAGUAGGGA